GGCGAUGAGCAGCAGGACCUGCAGGAGAAGCUGCAGGAGAAGCUGCAGGAAAAGCUGCAAGGGCUGCAGCAGCUGCAGCCGCCUUCGCGAUGAGCGCGGACAGCAGUCGGCUCCUGAGCCACCCGCCCCCUCGCUACGGGACCCUGGUGCCCGGCACCCCCGUGACCCGGAGGGAGGUGAGCGGCUACCAGCGCAGCACGUGGCGCGUCUGCUUGUGCCACGCGGGGGCUGUGCUCACAGCCGGGGCCCUCCUCCUCCUCUUCCACUGGAAGCCGUGGCUAGAGGUCCAGGCCAAAUGCACCUCCUGCCCUCUGGGCCAAGCUGACUGGCUCAUCAUCAAGGACCAAUUUGGACAGCGUUUCACCGCCCGAGUGCAGGCUGAGGCCGUCAGUGAUGGCAGCCUGGGGCCGGCCCACGGGGCUCCGCAGGAUGACGGACGGAACCACGUGGCCGUGGGAGUGACCCAGGAAGAAGAUUGGCAAGACACCAUCCAGUUGCAAAGGAGGGAAGAGAAGAGUAUCCUGCGCUACUACGUGUUCCAGGGCUUGCGAUACAUCUGGACCGAGGCCCGGCAGGAUUUCUGUCCAGCCUGCGUCCUGGACAGCGGCUGGACAUGUGGGGAGCUCCUCCACUCCUCCGGCCUGACCCGCCAGCAGAGCAAAGACAAGAAGAAGAUCUACGGGCCCAAUGUGAUCCAAGUGCCAGUCAAGUCCUACCUGCGGCUGCUCGUGGACGAGGUGCUGAACCCGUUCUACGUGUUCCAGGUGUUCAGCAUCAUCCUGUGGGUGUGCGAUGCCUAUUAUUACUAUGCUGCUUGCAUCCUCUUCAUCUCCGCCAGCUCCAUCGGGCUGUCUCUGUACGAGACAAGGAAGCAAAGCCAGAGCCUACAGCGUAUGGCCAGCGUGGUGGUGAAUGUGACGGUGCGCCGGCCCGGAGGAGAGGAGGAGCUGAUCAGCUCCACGGACCUGGUACCGGGAGACUGCCUGGUGCUGCCCGCCGAGGGGGUGCAGGUGCCCUGCGAUGCGGCGCUGCUGGCGGGCGAGUGCAUGGUGGAUGAGAGCAUGCUGACAGGAGAGAGCGUCCCAAUCACGAAGACCCCCCUGCCCAGUGGGCCCACGGCAGCCCCCCUGCCCUACUCCCCAAAGGAGCACAGGCAGCACACGCUCUUCUGCGGCACCCUGGUCCUGCAAGCCAAGGCCCACCUGGGACAGGAUAUCCUGGCGAUAGUGACCCGCACAGGGUUCUGCACGGACAAAGGCGAUCUGAUCAGCUCCAUCCUCCACCCGAAACCCAUCCACUUCAGGUUUUACCGGGACGCCUUCAAGUUUGUCCUCUUCCUCUCGGGCCUCGCUCUGAUGGGCACCAUCUACAGCAUUGUCGUCCUGAUCCGCAACCGGGUGCCCACGGAGCAGAUCGUGAUGCGGGCGCUUGACCUGGUGACGGUCGUGGUGCCCCCAGCUCUGCCAGCCGCCAUGACGGUGGGCACCAUCUACGCUCAGAAACGCCUGAAGGCCCACGGCAUCUUCUGCAUUAGCCCCCCGCGCAUCAACCUAGGCGGCAAGCUGCGACUCGUCUGCUUCGAUAAGACAGGCACGCUGACCGAGGAAGGCCUGGAUGUGUGGGGGGUGGUGCCCCUGGGGGAGCCGAUGCCCCCGGGGGGGCCGACCUUCCUGCCCCUGGUCCAGGAGCCGCGCCUCCUGCCCCCGGGGCCCCUGCUCAGCACGCUGGCCACCUGCCACACCAUCUCCCUGUUCAAGGACCAGCCCAUCGGAGACCCCAUCGACCUCAAGAUGGUCGAGUCCACUGGCUGGCUCCCAGAGGAAGGCGGUGGCGUGCUGGUGGUUGGUGAGUUUGGGACCAAGGUGCUGGCGGUGAUGAGGCCGCCCGCCCCGGAGGACCAGCUGCAUGAGGCGAAGCACCAGGUCCCGGCUGGGAUCCUCCAGCGGUUCCCCUUCUCAUCGUCCCUGCAGCGGAUGAGCGUGGUGGUCACCUGGCCAGGGGGCUCCCCUCCCGAGGCCUACAUGAAGGGGGCCCCCGAGCUGGUGGCCAGCCUCUGCACCCCGGAGUCGGUGCCCGGGGAUUUCUCCGAGACCCUCCUGCGCUACACCACAGAUGGCUUCCGUGUGCUGGGCCUGGCCUCCAAGAGCUUGGCCGCCACCCCCAGCUUCCAGGCGGCCCAGGAGCUGACCAGGGAGGCGGUGGAAAGUGGGAUGACCCUGAGGGGACUCCUGGUUAUGCGGAACGUGCUGAAGCCAGAAACGGCCCCCACCAUUCAUCAGCUGCGCUGUGCCAGCGUGCGCACCGUCAUGGUCACUGGCGACAACAUGUUCACGGCCAUCAGCGUGGCCCGCAGCUGUGGCAUGGUGGGGCCCCACGAGCGGCUAGUUUUUGUCCGGGCCACGGCCCCGAGCGGCAGCAAGCCUGCCGCCCUCUUGUUUGCCCCCUCGGACCACCUCCCAGGCAGCGGUCAAGCAGAGGUGCUGACCCUGGCCGAGGAGCCGGAGCCGUGCCACCUGGCCCUCGACGGGAAGUCGUUUGGGGUGGUGUUGGAGCACUUCCCCGACCUGCUGCCCAAGAUCCUGCUCCGGGGAACGGUCUUCGCCCGCAUGACCCCAGACCAGAAGACCCAGCUGGUGUCCUGCUUCCAGAGCUUGGACUACUGUGUGGCCAUGUGCGGGGAUGGCGCCAAUGACUGCGGGGCUCUCAAGGCAGCCGACGUGGGCAUCUCCCUGGCGGAGGCGGAGGCCUCGGUGGCCGCCCCCUUCACGUCCCACCUGGCAAACAUUGAGUGUGUGCCCAGGGUCAUCAGGGAAGGUCGCUGCUCUCUGGUCACCUCGUUCGGCGUGUUCAAGUUCAUGGCCUUGUACAGCCUCAUCCAGUUCAUGUCGGUUCUGCUGCUCUACACAAUCAACACCAACCUGAGCGACCUGCAGUUCCUGUUCAUCGACCUGGUGAUCACGAGCACGGUGGCCAUGCUGAUGGGUAGCGCCGGGCCGGCCCGGGAGCUGGGCGUCAAACGGCCGCAGGGCGCUCUGCUCAGCGUCGCCGUGCUGGGCAGCCUCCUCCUGCAGACUGCCCUGCUGGCAGGCACCCAGCUCUCUGCUUACUUGGUCACCACCGGCCAGCCCUGGUUCGUCCCUCUGAACAGCACCGUCAUGGCCCCGUGGAACCUGCCCAACUACGAGAACACCGUCGUCUUUUGCGUCUCCAGCUUCCAGUACCUCACCCUGGCUGUGGCCAUGUCCAAAGGCCACCCCUUCCGCCGGCCUCUCUACACCAAUGUGCUCUUCCUCCUGGCCCUGACUGUGUUGGGCGCCCUCCUGGUCUGGCUGACCCUGAGCCCACCCAGCUUCUUGUGCUCCAUGCUGGAGCUGCGGAGCAUCGGAGAUGGACACUUCAAACUGCUGCUCCUCGGGAUGGCCGCGCUCCACUUUGUCGUGGCCUCCGUGCUGGAGUGUGCCCUGGACCAGGGGCUUCUCAGCUGCCUGCGUCGCCUGCGACCCAGACGGGCGUCUAAGAAGCUGUACAAGCGGCUGGAGCAGGAACUGGCCCAACAACAGAGCCGCUGGCCCCCGCUCCACCAGCCCAUCUUUGCCGCCCCGCUGAGGUAGCCCCGGCCGGCCGCCGCCUCAGGCUUCGGACCUCUCUCUUGGGAGGGGGGCACGGGGAGGAGAGCUGCCGAGGGACUGCCCUUCACCUCGGGGGCCCUCCCCAGCGUGGCCCCCCACCCCCCCAUUUCCCUACCUCUUUCCCCAUGGCUUUAUUUAUUCAACCAGUAGCCUGACACUGUGACCCUUCCUGUCCUGAGGUGCCCCUGACCCCCAAUCCUCUCCAGUAUGGUUCCCUUCCCCAGCACCGUGAGGACGGGGCUGAGCCCUCGCCCCAUCAGAGCGGGGCCAAGCAGGAAGGCGCAACCAAGCCCAGGACGAGGGGCAAACCCGCAACCCCGAGGCAGCUCCUCCAUCGCCCACCACCUCUGUUGGGGAAGUUAUCCCAGCUCCCCCCGUGCCAGGCCUGGGCUCCCAGCUUCCCCGGCCUCACCUCCCGCCUUCCCCAGCGCUGGACCGAGGCUACCGGCUCGGCGGCCUCAGCCGCUUCCCUGGCAGUGCCGUAAACCGGAGCGCUCGGGCCACAGGAGUCCAGCCGUCGGCCCACACCGCCUCGCCUUCAUUCCCGCCCGCCCCCUUACCCACCCGGGACGGGCCGAGUCGGCGGCCACAAGGAAUGCCCUCCCUCCUGGGUCCCAGGUCCAGGACCCCCCAAAAUACAAAUAUCUAUUUUUAUCCUGGGGUGGGUCGGGGUACAGAUCUGGGGAGAUUCUGGGAAGCCGCUGUUUGGGGCGGCUUCCGGUGAAUCCAAGAAAUAAAUCCAUGUGGUUUUCCUGGGCCUUGUGACUUGUAGGGUGAGUGUUCCUCUCUGACCUUUGAGGAGAUGCAGAGAGCACUCCUCCCCCCAUCACCCUGUGGCAUAACCCCCUGCUCAAGCAUUC